AUGCGCGAGAAGGGGAAUUUGAAGGCGAUUAAGAUGGUGGCCGGCGGUGAAAGCGGCACCAGUGGUGGUGGUGGGGAGGCCGGGGGGGACACGUAUGCUGUUGUUGUUGACGCUGUGAGCGCGGAGAGCAGCAGCGUCCACGUGUACAGAUUUGAUUCGCGGAUGGAGCUGGCCGAGUUUCAGAAAGGGUCUGAAAUGGUGCACUCGGUGAAGCCUGGCCUGGGUGCGUAUGGGGAUAACGCCACAGCAGCAGCAAACAGCCUGCGACCGUUGAUGAAGAAGGCACUUAAAGCCGUGCCUGAGUUCAUGAGACCAGUCACACCCGUUCUUGUCAGGGCCACUGGAGGGCAGGAACAGCUGUCAAGAGACCAGGCUGGCAAGAUCCUCGCAGAGAUCCGCCAGAUGCUGACGGAGUACCCGUUCCCCUUCAGCCAUGGUGACGUCAGCACGCUUGGUGAUACAGAUGCGGGCUUCUUUGCCUGGACAGCUGUGAACCAUCUCCUGGGAAACCUGGGAAAGCUUCAGGAAAAGCACCUGAAAAUCCACCUGGAGCCAACAGUGGCAGUCGUGGAGCUGGGGAAUACCAGCGCCCACGUGGCAUAUGCUGUUCCUGCUGACGUGGCGGAUAAGUUGCCAGCUGGAAACGUGAGAAUGCUGCGCGAUUCGGGAAGCACCCACCAUGUCUAUGUGCGCAGCAUGCAGGGCUAUGGGCUGAUGGCAGGGAGAGCAUUGGUGCUGCGAGCUGCUAAUGACACCCAGGGCCAUCCGUGCAUGGGCUCUCAUGGCACAUCCAAGCAAAGCAGCGACACUACCCCUGCCUCCCUGCAUGCAGCCCUCUGCUCCAAGGCCACACUCCACGCCCUGCAACAGGGAGCAGCAGCUGGUGCGGCAAGCACCACCACCAGCACAACUGCUUCGUCCUUCUCCGCCCAGGAUUCUCCUCACGCUGACACCCACGCGGCUUCUGCCGAUGCAUCAUUGGAUCCCAUGCUCGGCUCUCCUACACAUGUGUGUCCGCCAGGCCGUGCCUGCUUGCUGCCCACGGCACUGGAUGGGCUGCUGGGGGGACCACGUAGAGGAGGUAGAGGAGGGGAGGGCGCAGUGCGGCAGCUGGUCGUCACCUCGGCUCUUUUUGACACAGCGCACCAGUUCGGGCUAAUCCCUCACAGCAACUCCACCGCAGUAGCCACGGCAGAAACCACUGCAGCACCCAUCACAGCUCAACACUUUGCUCGGAUAGCGGAGGAGACAUGUGGCAUUCCCCUGCAGGAAGCCACCAGGAAGUUUCCACUGAUGAACGGCCAAGAUGCUCCGUACGCUUGUCUCGAUGCGAGCUACCUCUUCCACCUCCUCACCUCGGGAUUGGGCCUGGAACCCACAGACCCACUCACGCCUGUCAGCCAGCUGCCCCACAAUGCCCCAUCCACAAAUUCAGCAUGGCACUAUGGUGCUGCUGUCAGCACAGCCAAGCAUGCUCAUGCCUACGCCGUGUUCUGA